UCUCAAACAUUACCACAUUGUUUUCCCGUCCAACCACAUGGGAAUUAACCUAAAGUGUAAAUAACAAACUUAAACGUUAUUUUUUGUUGUUUCUUGUUGAAUUUUUGUUAAGAAUACAUUAAUAUAGUGAAAUAAGGACAGUUCAAAACAUCAUGAAAAGAUCAUUGUCUGCAGAACCUGGUGUGGUGUCAAAAAAGACCAAGAAUUUUUCAAAGCCAGAUGUUUCAAAAAAUACUUCAAAUAAAAAGAAAGAAGUGAAACAAAAAUUUGGUCAAAAACAGUCACCUGGAAGAAACACAGAAAAAGAAAAUAAUAAAGAACCUGAAGUUGGAGUUGCUAAUAAUCAAAAUCCAGCAAAAAUAAAGAAAAAUGUUAAAGUUAUUAAGAACGUAAACAAAAAGUUUGAAAAGAAAGAGAAGAAUUUAAAGACGAAAAAAAUGGGGAAAAAGGUUUUUGUUGAAUUACCAAGUAAACUCAUAGGCAAAGAUGGCAAACCUGAAUGGAAUAAAGUGAAGACAGAAAAAAAGAAACUGAGGGAGGACAGAAAGGUCCGCCGAACUGGGCAAGACCAGUAUCAGUUGUCUGUGAAAGCAAAGAGCAUUUGGGAGAAACUCAGGCGGAGAACAGAUGAAAGCACAACAAAAAAAGAGGCAUUAGUUAAUGAUUUGUUUAUGCUUUUGAAGGGACAGAUUCCAAAUGUGGUACCAUCACAUGAUCUUGCUCGAGUGGUACAGUGGAUGCUAAAACUUGGGUCACCAACUAUCCGGACUGCCAUCUGUGAGGAGCUGUGUGCCAACACCACAUUUUAUCUACAGUCCAAGUAUUCCAGGUUCUGUGUGAGCCGAGCUCUUCGUUAUGGCUCCAAGGCAGAUCGCAACCACCUCAUGGAAUCCUGCAAUGGUCAUUUUCUGAAACUCUUCAGCCAUACUUUCUCAGGACCUGUCGUGGAGCUGAUGUACUCAACGUUUGCGUCUGCUGCACAACGUGGCCAGAUCCACCGUGAGAUGUACGGUGAGAUGCAUGUUCUGCUUCAGCCUGAGGUUACCACCAUUGCUGGGGUGCCUGAUGACAUGAGACCAGCCAUCCUGGCUUCCACCAAGACCAACCUUACUAAGCUGCUUGAAAAGAAACAUCUGUUAAAGACCACAUUGCUCCAAACGGUACUCAACGAUUUCCUGCCCAGCUGCUCGCAACAAGACUGCAAUGAUAUAUUGGAAAUCAUCCAAGACGACAUUCUUGACCUGCUCAACACAAAAGAGGGUUCUAGAGUGGCAUGUCAAGCAGUCUGGCAUGGAACAAACAAGAUGAAAAAAGUUAUUGUAAAAAAGUUAAAAGGAAAAGUUAAAGAAAUAUCAACAUCUGAGAAUGGCCAUGUACUCUUGUUAGCCCUGUUUGAUAGCAUUGAUGACACAGUCCUCCUCAAAAAGGCUUUGAUUCCUGAAUUGUUGGAAGAAGCAGAAGAAAUGGCUAAAAAUGAGUGGGGAAGAAAAGUUAUCCUCUACCUUGUGGCACACAGGGAUUCCUCAUACUUCCACCCUCAGCAAACGGAAAUAUUCAGCAAAGGUGAUGCUAUUAGCACAAGAAAGAAGGAUCCAGCAGUACGAGAACAGGAACUAUUGGAGGCAGUCAGUGAGCCCUUGUUGCAGAAAAUCAAAGACAACCCAGCUACCUGGUUAGGCAAUAGUUCCGUAGCUAUGGUAUCUCUGGCCAUCAUGAAAUCUGGGAAAGGUCGACUGCUACACCAGGUGUUUUCAGGGGUUGUAGCCUACAUGUUGGACCCCGCCAGCAUGGUGGAAGUCGGUCAGCGCAAGUUCCAUAUUGUCGAGCACAGCGCUUCUCACCUUGUGUUCAAGAAACUGAUACAAUUAGACCAGUCCAGUCCUGACAGAGCCCCAGAAACAUUCUCAGCAGUACUUGUGUCUAAACUAACGGAGGAAAGCUUGAAUCACAUAAUGCAGUUCAAUCGUGGCUGUUUCUUGUUGGUUCUAUUGUUCGAGUCACAGAACCAAACGAUUCGCAGAGUACUAAGGUCAAAAAUUACUGAAACAAUGAAAGCAUUCCUUCAGCAACAAGAAACAACAGGCGCAAAAAUUUUGCUUAAAAAAUUAAAUGAAAAAUAAAAUUAUUGUUAUUUAGG